AUGCUUCAAGCAAAACAGAAUGCCUGUGAUAGAGCUUUGCUGACACAACAACUGCGGCACUACUCUACAGACCAUGUGAAAAUAGCCAUAGAAGACACAGAGCAAGCCAAACGUCUAGUAGACAACUACAUCAAAAAAGAAAUCUUGCCACGCAUCUGCAGGGAAUCAUCCCUACCAGUUAGCAAGCAAGAAUACACAGGAAGCUUGUAUGAGAAGCUUAAGACUGAAGCAGCUGAUGAAGUUGAUGUCAUGGUUAUCCUACAGACAACAAAACAGGAAGUAACCCAAGAAGAUGCUGGUGUCCCUGGGUUUGUGCUUCUCAAAGCAUCACAAGAUUCCCAGCUGCGGAAGUAUGCUAAUGCAGCAGGAUACAUUCUGCCUGAGAAGCUACGAGACAGCUGGUUUUUUGGCCUUGUUCAAAAGGCUGUAAAUCAACUCCAAGAAAAGGAUCCUGCAUUACCUGUAAAGCUUCAAGUGCGAGCCCAUGGUCCGGCAGUACAGCUUGACAUCACAGACAAGAAAACAGAAAAAAAAUUGUCAGCUGAUGUGGUUCCAUCUUUUCAGCUUAGUGGUACAGAAUACUUCGUUGCAAAAUCAUACACUGGAAAAAUAUCCCCAGGAUGUGACCCAAAACUUCUCUGGAGGCAGUCGUUUUCACUGAGGGAGAAAGCAAGAUUACAGGAUAUGGACAAGGAAGAUCACGGUUGCAGGCAUGAACUUCUCAGGAUCAUUAAAACCCUCAUCCGCGCUGAGACUACCUUUGCUAAACUGACCAGCUACCAUCUGAAGACAGUUUUCUUGCACUACAACUCCAAUCCAAAACUAAAGUGGGGUGUAGAUAUGCUAGGAGAGAGAUUUCUGGAGUACAUGGAAUUAUUGCACACAGCCCUGGCAAAGAAGACCCUUGAUCACUUUUGGGUGGAAGGAGUGAACUUGCUGGAUAAUAUACAGGAUAAAGCACUAGAAAACAUGGCUGAUCGACUGCGCAAAAUUUUGGACAAUGACAAGGAGAGAAGUAAAGUCCUUAAAUGUGAAAGUAAGGCAGAUUAAUUUUUAUUAACUGCUUUUGGCAACUUGGAAUUGGAGUAAACUAACAAUAAUAUUAUUAUAACUAUAAAGUCCCAAUAGUGACCAACAUUGUUUUUCUCCUAACAAUAUCUAACGAAAAAUGUUUUGAUCUUUUAUCAAAUUCUCUCCAAUAAUUCUUUAAGGAACUGUAUGGAGAUCAGUCUGGAGAAUUUCUACAUGGAUAAUUAUUGUAUCUUGAAGGGUUAAUAUGGCUUUAAAGAGAUGAUCAGGAUCAUUACCUGCCUAUCAAUUCCCUCUUGAUUAAAAUUGUUUGGCAAAGUAUUUGGUAAAAAGGGCGAAGAGAUAACCAAAGAGACUCUCAGUCACAAUUUGAUAGGUAGAGAGUUGUUAGAGUCCUUACAUACCCUUUCAACAACACAAGCAUUACCUAAUCUGAAGCGAGAUUUAUUGGCUUAUCAGUAUGUGCAUGUAAUUAAUCAAAGUGUGAAUUUCCAUUCGCUUUCAGUGCAGCUAGACAGUGAUGGAAGAAAGGCAAGAGAAAACUGUCCUGCAAUCACAUCUGGACAGCAGAAACAAAUUCUGCCAAACACAUGUCAAACUUCUACUGAUCUAUUGCAGCUUCUGUGA